CACACCCCCCGAGAGGGAGGCAGCAGCAGCAUCUGAAACAUAAAACCAGCUUAGAGGUGGAGGGGAGGAGAAUGGAGUGACAGAGAGCGACAGUGAAAUUGCUUGGUGUGGAAGCACCAACUUCUCCAUAGUGAAGGGGAAACUUACGGACAAAAGGGGGAAAAGGAAAAAAGGGAGCGAGAACUCUUUUCCUUAAUUGCAUACUGACAAACCAGCAGUUCCAGAAAAUACAGCUCACUGCAGUGCUGUGCAGUUCUGCUACUGUCAAUGGAGCUGGAGAACAUUGUAGCCAAUACUGUCUUACUGAAAGCUAGAGAAGGCGGUGGAGGUAAACGUAAAGGCAAGAGUAAAAAGUGGAAGGAGAUCCUGAAGUUCCCUCACAUCACUUUAUGUGAAGACCACAUAAGAAUAGAUAGAGAAUACCACAAUAUCUGUGACAAGCAGCCAAUUGGAAGAUUUCUUUUCAGACAGUUUUGUGAAACUCGACCAGAUCUGGCAUGCUGCAUCAGGUUCCUAGACUCAGUGGCAGAAUAUGAAAUUGCAUCAGAUGACAAACUGGAAGAAAAAGGAAAAGAAAUUAUCUGUAAAUACCUCACACCAGGGUCUGCAGGUUUUGUUCCAGAAGUCAAUCAGGACCUUGUCCAGCAAACAAAAGAAAAGUUAGAACUGAGCCCAAACAAAGACAUUUUUGCAGACUGCGUUAAAUCUGUCCAUGAAUAUCUGAGGAAAGAACCUUUCCGAGACUACCAAGACAGCAUGUAUUUUGACAGGUUUCUUCAGUGGAAAUGGCUAGAAAGGCAACCAGUUACAAAAAAUACUUUUCGACAGUACAGAGUGCUUGGUAAAGGUGGUUUUGGUGAGGUAUGUGCUUGUCAGGUACGGGCUACAGGCAAAAUGUAUGCAUGUAAACGAUUAGAGAAGAAAAGAAUAAAAAAACGGAAAGGGGAAGCGAUGGCACUAAAUGAGAAGCAAAUUUUAGAAAAAGUCAACAGUAGAUUUGUAGUUAAUUUAGCAUACGCCUAUGAGACAAAGGAUGCACUGUGUUUAGUCCUCACUAUUAUGAAUGGUGGUGACUUAAAGUUUCAUAUCUACAACAUGGGAAACCCAGGGUUUGAGGAAGAUCGGGCAACGUUCUAUGCAGCAGAGAUCCUCUGUGGUCUGGAAGACCUUCACAGAGAAGGCAUUGUAUACAGGGAUUUAAAACCAGAAAAUAUCUUGCUAGAUGAUUUUGGUCAUAUUAGGAUAUCAGAUUUGGGUCUAGCUGUAAAAAUCCCAGAAGGUGAGACAAUCCGUGGCCGGGUAGGGACCGUAGGAUACAUGGCUCCAGAAGUUUUAAACAAUCAAAGAUAUACAUUUAGUCCAGAUUACUGGGGGCUAGGCUGUAUAAUCUAUGAAAUGAUCGCUGGACAAUCGCCAUUUCGAGGGAGGAAGGAGAAGGUAAAAAGGGAGGAGGUUGACAGGAGAGUGCUUGAAACAGAAGAGGUGUAUUCAGACAAAUUCUCAGAAGAGGCCAAAUCCGUCUGUAAAAUGUUAUUAACCAAAGACAUGAAGGAGAGAUUGGGUUGUAAAGGUGAAGGAGCACUGGAAGUAAAGAGGCAUCCAUUUUUUAGGACUAUUAACUUUAAACGUUUAGAAGCUGGAAAGAUGGAUCCUCCCUUUGUACCAGAUCCACGAGCCGUAUACUGUAAGGAUGUUCUGGAUAUUGAACAGUUUUCCACUGUGAAAGGAGUAAACUUGGACCAAAAAGAUGAUGACUUUUAUUCCAAAUUUUCUACUGGCUGUGUGUCUAUCCCCUGGCAAUAUGAGAUGAUAGAAACUGAAUGUUUCAAAGAAUUAAAUGUGUUUGGACCAAACAAUACACUUCCACCUGACCUGGACAGAAGUUACACUCCUGAGCCACCAAAAAAAGGAUUAUUGCACAGAAUUUUUAAGCGACAGCAUCAGAAUGAUUCAAGCAGUCCUUCAAGUUCAAGGACAGAUUCCAGCAACCAUGUGAAUUCUAAUCAUGUGACUUCAAACUCUACUGACAGCAGCUAGUAUCAGCUCUGCCUUGCAUCAUCUCCUGUUCGAAGUCUGUCCUUUAGAGCUUCUGAUGACAAGAGGGGCAUCAGUUACUGAUCAUGUGUCUCUCCAAAUAAUGGAGAUUUUUCCAUCCAUUCCUCAAAGUGGAGCCUCUCGUGUUUUUGAAGACACUUCCGCUCAGGUGCAUCUUGGAGGUGGCACUCAAAAUUUUAGAAUUUGAGUCUCCUUAGAACAUUGCAAUAGAAAAUCUAUGAACAUGACUACUUGCACGUAUUUAAAAUAGCACUGUAACAGAACAGAAUUUUUGUCUUUAUUAAUAUUAUAAAAAAAGGAUAUUUUGUAAAUUCUCUAUUGUCUCAGUUUACAUUUUGUACAUUUGUAUUUAACUGAAAGUUAGAAUUUGGGGUGUAUAUUUUCAGUGUAGCAGCUGCAAAGCCAUGUGUUAUAUAAGUGACAUACAUUUUAUUAUAUUUUUAUGAAAUGUGAUUUAAAAACUUCCAGAGCCUCAAACUUUCAACCAUUUUUUAAGCAACAGCUAAAAUUAAUUCAUAAUUCACUAUUUUGGUUUACUUUUUAUACUUUGCAAUUUUGCUAUAAUUUCUGAUUUUUUUCCUUUCAAAAAUUUUAUUUAUAGCAAUGUUACACAAACCUUUGUUACUGCUAUUUUACUGAGAGGAAAAUCAUGUUUGUCUGUGAAAUUUCUCAUUAAUGGGUAAAACUCCUUUGUAUGUAAGGUCAUAGCAUUUCCCUUUGCAUCAUAUAGAUACAUACAGAUGAUACAAAUUGGGACCAGUACAGUUACAGUACAUAUAUUUUACUGUCAUAUGACUUUGCAACAGUUUCACAAUGUUAUCUACUCUAUUUUCUGCUUAUAAAAUCCAAAAUGACUAAAUUAAAUUAGAAACAUUUAUUUAAAGCG